AUGCUCUCAUUCUUCCUUCCCUUCCUCACCACCUCAGCAUGGUCAUGGUAUAUCUUCCACUGUCCUUCAUCUCCAUCUACUCCGUCAAUGGUGGAUGCAAUGGUAAAUAUCAAUUGGACGAUCGUACCAUCCUACGCAACGAAUUUCUUCGUAAACCUCAUCCCAGACGAUCUCGUAGGUAGUAUAGCCGCAGUCAACUUUACUCAAAUCGAUAACGUUCAUAUUCAAAAUCAAUUCAAAGAUCGACUCAUCGAAGUUGAGAAUGUACUUGUCACAAUAAGAUGGGAUGAUUUACCUGCGAGUACGAUCAAAUGGGUAGAAGAACAUCCCCAAGAAGCUGCAUUUAUAGCUAUGGAUAUAGGUCUGUUUAUAGCUCCGUGGUUACUUACUGAACCGGUUUUGGUUGGACUUGGAUUUAGUAGACUUGGUCCUGUUGCUGGCUCAGCAGCGUCCAUCGCCCAACGGGCCAUCGGUAAAUUGACCGAACGAGGGUUCUUUUCCCACAUCCAAUCGGCAGGUAUGAAAGGGUAUGGUAAGCCCGUCUUGGACCGUAUCGUCAGGGGAGGUGCAGCUCUUGUGGGAGUAGGUUGGAAAUGGCUUUGGGGGAAGAAGGAUGAAGGUGGAGAAGCUGCUUCUUCUUCAGUGGCGAAGGUAGUGGGUAAUGCUGUUCAUGAGAAUCUGGGGGGAGGAAGGGGUUAUAGGGAAUUGAGAAGGUUCAUCUGA